AUGGCCGUGACAGACACUAACUAUAAUUAUAUUUUUAUCGAUGUUGGUGCAUACGGAAAAGAAUGCGAUUCAGCGGUAUUCAAACAAACACAAUUUUGGAAAAACUUAUUAAAUGAUAGAUUGAACAUACCAUCAUCUACAAAUAAACUAGGAACUGAUUGUGAUCUACCUUACGUAUUCGUUGCUGACGAAGCAUUUGCCCUACAUGAACAUGUACUUCGACCGUUUGGUGGUCAUCAACUCGAUGAAUUAAAAAGUACAUUCAACUACCGUUUGACAAGAGCAAGACGGUAUGUUGAAUGUACAUUUGGAAUAAUGGCGAAUAAAUGGCGAAUUUUACAUCGACCAUUAAAUGUAUCUACGGAUUUAGCAGUUGAUAUAGUAAAGACUUGUUGUUUGUUGCAAAAUUUUAUUCACAAAGAAGAGGGAAUUAUUAAUAGUAUAUCUAGCGAUUCAACUACUGAAAAUCUAAACUCCGAUCUACGCCAAUUACCUCGUUCAAAUUCGGUAAGAGGUAGCUUAACAUCAAAUAUGAUUAGAAAUAAAUUUGCUGAGUACUUUGUGUCACCAGAAGGGAGAUUAUCGUGGCAGAAUCAGUAUAUUUAA